AUGGGGAACCAGCCGUCUGCGAUUCUCGACAACAUAGCCUCCGGCUCGAACUUCGACCGCGAGGAGGUGGACAGACUGAGAAAGAGGUUUAUGAAGCUUGACAAGGUGGAACACGAUCCGAAUAACCUACAUCCAUGCAUCAGUACGGCUAAUGCCUCGCAGGACAACUCAGGCACCAUCGAGCGCGACGAGUUCCUAGCCCUGCCCCAGAUCUCUUCGAACCCCCUCGCAACACGAAUGAUCGCCAUCUUCGACGAGGAUGGUGGCGGCGAUGUCGACUUUCAGGAGUUCGUCUCUGGACUCUCGGCGUUCAGCAGCAAAGGCAAUAAGGAAGAGAAGCUGCGCUUCGCUUUCCGUGUGUACGACAUCGACCGUGACGGCUUCAUCAGCAACGGCGAGCUCUUUAUUGUGCUCAAGAUGAUGGUUGGCAGCAAUCUGAAGGAUCAGCAAUUACAGCAGAUUGUUGACAAGACCAUCAUGGAAGCUGACCUGGACCGCGAUGGCAAGAUCAGCUUCGAAGAGUUCACAAAGAUGGUUGAGAACACAGACGUUUCUAUGAGCAUGACCCUGGACCAGUUCUAA